AGUUGACAGCAGUGCAACUCAUUUUGACAGCUCCGAAUGCGACGUGCGAAAGCAAUCUUCUAGUUUAAUUAAAUUUACCUAUUGCAAUCAUAUUUAUUAGACUUUCGCACAAUGAGCGAUGAAUUUAAAUUGCCGAAACGGUCGCGAAAGCGCACGCGUGACGUGAAGCGCAAAGCGCGACCUGAACUGGAUGGAGACAACGCGUGGGUUGCAAUGCGGUAUUAUGAGAAAUUUGAGCCAUUUUGGGACUUCGUGGAUAGCCUGGAAAGAAUCGAGAAUGCAACAGUAACAUGUGAGGAGUUCAUUGAACGCUACGAGCGUCCCUAUCUACCCGUAAUUAUAACUGGCUGUGCAGAUGGCUGGCUGGCUCAGGAGAAGUGGACGCUUUCCCGCUUGUCCAAGAAGUAUCGCAACCAGAAGUUCAAGUGCGGCGAGGAUAACGAAGGCUACAGCGUCAAGAUGAAAAUGAAAUACUACGUCGAGUACAUGCAGGGGACACGCGACGAUAGUCCGCUCUACAUAUUCGACAGUAGCUUUGGCGAGCAUCAUCGUCGGCGCAAGCUCCUGGAGGAUUACGAGGUGCCCAAGUAUUUUCGCGACGAUCUCUUCAAGUUUUGCGGCGAGGAUCGUCGACCGCCAUAUCGGUGGUUUGUGAUGGGCCCCGCUCGUUCCGGUACCGGCAUUCAUAUAGAUCCGUUAGGGACCAGUGCCUGGAAUACCUUGAUACGUGGUCAUAAGCGUUGGUGCUUGUUUCCCACCCACACGCCCAAGGAUCUGCUCAAGGUUACCAGCGCCAUGGGCGGCAAGCAGCGGGACGAGGCCAUCACGUGGUUCAGUACCGUCUAUCCACGCACCCAGCUGCCCUCAUGGCCGCAGGAGUACAAACCCAUUGAGGUGCUUCAAUGUGCCGGCGAGACUGUGUUCGUGCCAGGAGGCUGGUGGCAUGUGGUGCUCAAUCUGGACGACACGAUUGCAAUAACCCAAAACUUUUGCAGUUUCACGAACUUUCCUUGCGUUUGGCACAAGACCGUACGUGGUCGUCCCAAAUUGUCGCGCAAGUGGCUGCGUGUGCUGCGGGAUCAGCGGCCAGAGUUGGCCCAAAUAGCCGAUAGUAUUAAUAUAAAUGAAAGCACUGGUUUCGCCUCCGACAGCUCGAGCAAUUCAAGCUCAUCCUCUUCGUCAAGCAGUUCCUCAUCGGAGAGCGAAGCCGACGCUGAUUCAAAUACGGACAGCGGCCAGGAAAGUCUUACGGCCAAGAAAAAGAAGAAGCGACGCAUGGGCGGCGGCAGCGGUAAUGGUGAUGGUGACAACGCUAUGGGAUCCUCAACACGAUCCUGAUGUCGGCACAAAGCUAAACGGAAUUGCCUCCUCAUGCGGCUGUUUCAUCGCCAACUGUUGUUUUGUCGCCGAGUCUCGCGCCUUCAACGCCCAUGUAGUCGCACAGCCUGCCACAGUUAACAAACAUCCCGAUCCAGAUCCCGAUGCUGAUCCUAAUACUGAUUUCGAUCAUGUUGCAUAUUUAGAAAUAUUUUUUUAUAUAGACAAGUAAUAAUGCUGCUGUAAAAAUAAUGAAUUGUAAUUAUCUUAAACAUAAGCCACCCAAGUUGAUACGACCUUUGUUUAAUUUCAACGAUAAUUAUAGCCAUCGACUUAAAUGCAACAUAAAUAAACUCAAUAUAUUUCUAUAAA